UGGGGCCCACAACAAAGUCUCAACAACAGGGCACAGCACAAUACACACCUUAACGGUCACGACCAACACCGAACAUUGAGUUAUUCUAUUUCUCCCGAGUAUUCUGUUCUCCUUUAUUAAGCAGCUAAAAAUUUUAAGGAAAGGGAAAAUGAAGAAUCUUUGUCAGAAUUUUGAUGUUAGAGCCACGAUUCCGGUUAAAAUAGGAAAAAAAUCGACUUGGGAUGUUUUGUUUCCUCGUAGGUUGUGGUUGCCGACGUGGACGUGUGAUCAGAGGAAGGAGGGGAAGUUGAACUUAAAGGUGCAGUGCGGUACUAGGAAAGAAGGGUGGGUUGAAUCUGCGGGAAAAAGCGCGUUUGGGUUUGGCGUUUCGGCCGCGGUUUUGUUCUCUGCGUUCUGCUACUCGCCCGCGGCGCUUGCAGAGUCCCUCACCGUUGCUUUUCCCGUGUCUCGGGCGCCUGAGGUAAAUGCAGUUCAAAGAACUCUUGUGGAAGCAUGGGGUUUAAUUCGAGAAACAUUUGUUGAUCCUACAUUUAAUCAUCAAGAUUGGGAUUUGAAGUUGCAGCAAACAAUGGUGGAAAUGUUUCCCCUGAACUCAGCUGAUGCAGCAUACACAAAACUCCGUGGAAUGCUUUCUACCCUUGGAGAUCCUUUCACUCGAAUUAUCAGCCCAAAGGAAUACCAAGGGUUUAAAAUUGGAAGUGAUGGGAACGUACAAGGAGUGGGAUUGUUCAUAAAUGUUGAACCAAGAACAGGACAUUUGGUUGUCUUGUCAUGUGUAGAUGGCAGUCCAGCUGCUCGUGCUGGUAUACAUCAAGGGGAUGAAUUGAUUGAGAUAAAUGGUGAGAGGCUUGAUGGCAUUGAUAGUGAAACUGCAGCACAAAGGCUUAGAGGGAAUGCUGGAACAACUGUUACAGUAAAGGUCAAAGACUCAGGAACAAGAUCUUUUAUCCGAGAGGUCAAACUUCCUAGGGAGUAUAUUAAGCUCUCUCCAAUAUCAAGUGCCAUCAUCCCUCAUAGAUCCCCAGAUGGUCAUUUCACAAAAACUGGCUAUGUGAAAUUGUCAGCCUUCUCUCAGACUGCUGCUGAAGACAUGAGGAAUGCCAUUCAGGAAUUGGAAAAUCAAGGAGUACACUCGUACAUAUUAGAUCUACGGAACAAUCCUGGUGGUUUGGUAAAAGCCGGCCUUGAUGUUGCACAGAUGUGGUUAGAUGGAAAUGAGACUCUAGUGAACACAAUCGAUAGAGAUGGGAACAUGCUACCCAUUAAUAUGGUCGAUGGACAUGCUAUAACACAUGAUCCACUUGUGGUGAUUGUCAAUGAGGGAAGCGCAAGUGCCAGUGAGAUUUUAGCCGGGGCAUUACAUGAUAACGGUCGAGCUAUUCUUGUGGGGCACAAAACAUUUGGUAAAGGAAAGAUUCAGAGUGUCACUCAGCUUCAUGAUGGGUCAGCACUCUUUGUUACAGUGGCAAAAUAUCUAUCACCAGCCCUUCAUGACAUAGAUCAGGUUGGGAUAACACCAGAUGUGCAAUGCACAACAGAAAUGCUCAAUUCAACCAAGGAUAUUUCAAAUUCAACCAAAGACAAGGCCUCAGUCUCAUCUCUGGAAGCAGAUUCAUGCAUAAUGGUAGCAGAACAUGAGUUGGAUUUGGAGGAGUCCAUGGGAACUGCUUCUUGAACAUUCAAUUUCCUUAUAUCACACUUUCUUUUCAAUGUUUAACAGUUGAAAGAAAGGGUAGUUUAGUGCUGAUGUGUCAGCCAAUUCAUCAUUUUGUACUAUGUUACAUUGGGAUCACUAGUUGUCAUGGGUAUAUAAAACAGAGAAACAGAUUGUAUUGUAUAUACAAUUGAAUAGAAUAAUAGAAAAUUUAACUCCUAGUUGAAGCACGACA